GAACCUGAUUAUAACAUAAAAUUUAGAUUUAUAGAUUCGUUUAGAUUUUUGGGAGCAUCUCUGGAUAAUUUAGUUUCCAGUAUGGAUAAAAAUGAACUAUAUAUUUUAAGAAAAGAAUUUUCCGAUCUCGACGAAUCAAAAUUAAAUUUACUGUCGCAAAAAGGUAUUUUUUGUUACGAUUACAUCGACCAUAUAGACAAAUUAAAUGAAACAACUUUACCCCCGAUUGAAGAAUUCUAUAAUAAAUUAAGUGAAAGCAAUAUUAGUGAAGAAAAAUAUUCCCACGCACAAAGUGUUUGGCAGUCGUUUGAAAUAAAAAAUUUAGGCGAGUAUUCAGAUUUGUAUUUAAAAACCGACGUUAUUCUUCUGGCAGAUAUAUUCGAAAAUUUUCGAAAAACUUGUAUGGCAACACACGUUUUGGAUCCGGCGUGGUAUUUCAGUAUGCCCGGGUAUACAUGGGAUUGCAUGCUUAGAUUCACAAAAUGUCGUUUAGAACUUUUGCGCGACAUUGACCAAAUUAUGUUUAUCGAGCGGGCUAUACGAGGUGGAAUUUCGGUAUGUGUUGGUAGAUAUGCGGAGGCCAACAAUAAAUAUAUGCCCAACUACGAUUCAUCCAGGGAUGAUUCCUAUAUCAUGUACUUUGACGUCAAUAACCUCUAUGGCAAGGCCAUGUGCGAGCCUCUUCCUUACGGAGGAUUCGACUGGAUGUCUCAUCAAGAGAUUGAUUCAUUUAAUGUCAUGAACAUUCCAGAUGAAUCUUCCCAAGGAUAUAUCCUAGAGGUAGACCUGGAAUACCCGCAGAAAUUACAUGACACACAUAGAGAUUUUCCAUUUUGUGCUGAACAUCGAGUGCCCCCCAAUUCAAAGUUACCAAAACUAAUGACUAUUUUGUAUAAUAAAGAAAAAUACGUCAUACACUAUCGCAAUUUAAAACAGGCUCUCAAAAACGGUCUCGUACUAAAGAAAAUUCACAAAAUAUUAAAAUUUAACCAAUCUCGUUGGUUGAAAUGUUAUAUCGAUCAUAAUAAUAAAUUAAGAACCCAAGCAAAGACAAAAUUUGGUAUAAAUUUAUACAAAUUGUUUAAUAAACAAUGGUACAACAACAACGGUAAAACAAUGGAAAACAUUCGCAAGCAUCGUAUUGUUAAAUUUGUUAAAGCGUGGGAUGGUCGCUACGGUGCGAAAAAUUUAAUUUCUAGUCCUAGAUUUCACAGUAGAACCAUACUUGAUAACAAUUUGUUGCUUAUAGAAUUAAAAAAAUCGGAACUUUGCUUUAAUAAGCCACUUUAUAUUGGAAUGUCCAUAUUGGAUUUGUCGAAAACGACCAUGUACGAGUUUCAUUAUAAUUACGUGCUUCCAAAUUUGGGUCCCGAAAAAUGUAAAAUUCAAUACAUGGAUACGGACAGUUUCAUUUAUAAUAUCAAAUGUUAUGACGCAUAUGAAAGCGUUAUUAAGGCCGAUUUAACAAAAUUUGACACGUCUGAUUAUCCUAAUGACAAUCCCUAUAAUAUACCGCAAAUCAACAAAAAGGUUUUGGGGUUGAUGAAGGAUGAGACUAAUGGCACCAUCAUUAGUCAUUAUGCGGGGUUAAGGUCGAAAAUGCAUACUUUCAAAAUUUUAACGGGUUCGGUAGUUAAAAAGUCAAAGGGUAUUCAGUACAAUAUUGUAAAAAAUAAAAUUUCAUUUGAUGACUACGUAGAAUGCUUAACAAAUUUUAGGGAAAAGUACGCCACUCAACUAACCAUUCGUUCAUACACUCACAAUGUAUUUAGCAUCGAACAAAUAAAAGUUGCCUUGAGUCCUUUAGACGAUAAACGUUAUCUUUUGCCGAAUUCAUAUGAAACGCUUCCGUGGGGACAUUAUAAAGUGCCGUAAUUAUUUUUUAAUAUAUUUUUGUUACAGAUUAUGGUCAAACAACUUACAUUAGAAAGCCUUUGUAUUAUAACAAUUUGCGAAAAUAUUAGGUGUAGUGCUGAUUUUUUGCAUGGAGGUACCUUAAACAAUUAGCGCUCCAGUCUGAUGGCAAUUCUUUAUUAAAUUUAGAAUUCAUUCUGUUGAAUAAGAGAUUUGGAUCGUCUUACAGAAAUAGCAUUUUGGCA